AUGCCAUUCCCAUUCGCACUACUUCCAAAAGAGGUCCAGGAAUCGGCUCUUCGAACCGUCUGUCCCCAAGAAGGAGAACAGCUAUUCAAAGUCAACAAAUCUCUCCAGAAAUUCUAUCUAUCGAACGGCUUGUUGCCGAGAAAAAUCUCUAAAGUUUCUAUCCGAUUUGGUGAUUGGAUCCAACGAGAGCUGCUCAUUGAACUCGUUGAACUCGAAUUUUUCACUCAAUCAAUCGAAUUUCAACAAGGGUUCUACCUGGAUAAACGAGAGCCACGAAUUGAGGCCACUUGCUAUCAGAGCAACAAGAAUCAGCUAAACUUCUGGCUUCACAUUUGUAAAAGUCACGUCUCAAAGACGAUAAUCUCUAGAAUUCGCUCUUGUCGAACCCUUGAGAUCUCUCUUGGCUCUAACCCGGUUAUGUUUCAUUCGAACAAGAUCAUCGCUUUCCUCUUGCAAUACCUGGACUCGAAGAAAUUCCUUCCAAAUCUGUUAUUUGUCAAACAUCUCGAAAUCUCUUGUUUUCGAGAUUUCCUUAAAGGUUACAUGCAUUUCACUCCGCCAGUUGUUGAUCAAAGCUUCCGGAUCGAUUUCGGUCCGUGGAAAAGUGCCAACAACCACUGGCAACAAAGAUUGGAAGCCCUGUGCCAACACGAAAAUCUAUCUAAUGUUGAACAUUUCAUCAUCAAUGACUUCAGAGAGAGCUUCUCAGCGUUGACACCAACGAAAGCCAAGUCCUACACAUUCUCAGUGGAUUUCGUGAAUUUGAGUGGCUCGAUCACGGCACUUAUCCGCCAAGGAUCUCCCGGAAAAAACCCCGAUUCGGUGCUGGUUUUCACGGCUCUCAUAGAGAACCCAACAAGUGCCGCUCAGGGAGACGAUGCUUUCACAAAUGAUGACAUUAUGCACUUUCGAAUGAUCGCUACUCGGCUCAAACAUUUCCCGAAGAUCCGGUGGAUCGACCGGGUUCUCGGCACUGAACGAUCGAUCGAAGAGAUUCGACCUCAACUGUUCCACGCACGAUUCAAAGGGGACCUAAAAAACCGGGAAAACUUUGAGAAAUUUCAAUCGUUGAAAAGUUUCUUAAUUGGAAAUGGAGAAGAGUACCCGGAUUUACAGAGCAAAGUUUAUAUGAAAAUGGAGCUGAAUGAGGGAAAAGAGCUGGUGAUGAUUCUCGAGUUCGGUCGACCGGAUGAUGUAUAUGAGCUUUGGUUUCGUUUUUAUGCAAAGGUUUUCAAACAAUGG